CUACUUUACAGAUAAAAUGGCUUCGGGAGCAGAAGCGAUGGUGGUAGCUGAAUGCUUAAAGCGAACGCUGGAACCAAACGCACAAGUUCGACGGAUUGCAGAAAAUGACUUGAAACAAAUGGAGCAGUUGCCUGGAUUUGGGAUGGUUUGUUUUGAUCUUCUAUUCGAUCAACAAACGCUCCCGGCAGUUGCAUUGGCCUCGGCAGUAUCACUCAAGAAUUUCAUCAGAGAAAACUGGAAUAAGGAGAAGUGCUUGGUUGAAAUAAACGAUGCAGAACGAGCACAAUUGCGGUCGAGGGCACUGAAGAGUAUGCUUACCACUUCAGGUAAUGUUCAGAAGCAAUUGUCUCAGAUAGUGUGCGUUAUGGGAAAGCAUGACUUUCCUGAAGAAUGGCCCGAUCUAAUCACAGUUUUGGCCCAGAAUCUAACAGGAAUUGAUCUAGAUAAACUUACAUCGACGUUAUAUACGCUGGAUGAGCUCUGUAAAAAGUACAGAUAUGAAGUGAAAUCCAAUAAAUUAUGGCAGGAGCUGGUCAUCGUCCUUCAGGCGAUAGCAGCACCAUUAACCGAUUUAUUUGCAAAAAUGGUAGAAUGCAUUCCAAAUAAGCAACUGAUGUCGGAAGCAGAAUGUCAGGCAUGGAUUGAAGUUACUACUCUGAUCACGAAGUGUUUUCAUUCUCUUUGUUCACAAGAUUUGCCGGAGUAUUUUGAGGAUAACCUAAGUACAUGGAUAAAUGGUUUUAUUGCACUAUUGCGAUUACAAAUUUCUCAAAUGGAUGCGAGAAGUAUUGAUUCAGAGGCUAAUAUUCUGGAUAAGCUAAAGUGUUGUAUAUGUGAAAUUAUCACUCUUUACUCCCAGCGAUACGAAGAAGAAAUAAUGCCUUUCAUGAUGCCCAGCGAUGAAGGUUCAGCUGCACAGGAGAAAGCAGAACAAAGGUGUUGGCUAAUCGAAUGUGUUUGGCAGCUUCUUGUUUCAAUCGAUGAAAAAGCAAGGUAUGACACCCUAGUAAACGCUUCGCUUGAUUUUCUAUCAUCGGUUUGCCAACGAUCUCAAUAUUCAGCAAUUUUCGAGCACGAGGAGAUGUUAAAGACAUUAUAUGAGGAUGUGAUAAUUAAGAAUGUGAUGCUAAGGAAAUGCGAUUUUGAGCUUUUCGAGGAUGAUUCUUUUGAGUAUAUGAGAAAAGAUAUUGAAGGCUCUGAUGUUGGUACUCGACGUCGCGGAGCAAGUGAUUUCUUGCGAGCACUUUGCCGCCGACCUGACGAAUCCCGAAUUUUAGGCAUCUUAUCAAGGGUGUUGCAAUCAUUUUUGCAAGAAAGUGUAGCAGAUCUUACUAAUAACUGGCUGAAGAAAGAUGUUGUUUAUUGUCUAAUAACAGCAGUUGCAGUGAAAGCAGAAACUGUAAAACAUGGAGCAACUGUUACUAGUGAUCUCGUGGAUGUAGUCGAUUUUUAUCAGACACACGUACAUAGUGACAUAUUUAUGGAUGAUGUCAAUGCAUUACCAAUAUUAAAGACUGAUGCACUGAAGUAUAUUGUCGUGUUCCGGAAUCACUUACGGUCAGAUCAUUUAAUAGAAGUCAUUAAUGCCUUUUUGAAACUACUUACUUCGCAGCAUACAAUCCUGCACCAAUAUACCGCUUAUGCUCUGGAAAGACUUAUGCUUGUGAAGUGCAAAGAAACUGGAAAGGUUCUAUUAACGCAUGAAAAUGUGCCAUUAGGCCCACUGAUCGUUGCUUUAUUCGCUUGUUUUGAAGCUGAUCCGAAGGCACAGAACUCACACUAUCUCAUGAAGGCUUUGAUGCGUUGCUUCAACAUUAUCGACACGGAAACAGCAAAAAGUUCUGCCCACAUUGUUAAUAAGCUGGCCACUAUGAUUGGCGUUGCUGUAAAAAAUCCAGUUAAUCCGUUGCAUCUUCAUUUUGUCUUCGAGUCACUGUGUGUACUGAUUAGACAGGUUUACGCAGUAGUGGAUGGUGGCAUUGAUAAUUUCGUGGUGCCUCUUAUAGAGAGUAUUUUUUCCUCAGACGCUAUCGAUUUUGUGCCAUAUGCACUGCAAAUCACAGCCCUUUUAUUGGAUCAGGCCGAAGCUCAGAAACAGAAGACAGGUAUGUCCUGCGUGGAUAGUUAUUUGCCUUUCUUUGGUAAUCUCAUGAAAGGUGAAUUGUGGCUACGAACAGCGAAUAUUCCAGCUGCUUUAUUGGUUAUUGAAUCAUUUAUGCGCAGUCACGGCAAACAUAUUUUGGAUAAUUAUGCAAACAGUCUCUUGGCCAUCUUCCAGAAGUUAAUUUCUUCGAAAGCUUUAGAUCAACAUGGUUUCCAGCUAGCCAGUAUAUUCCUGCACUAUUUAAAUCAAGCUGAUGUAUUAACAGAAUCCGCACUCUUGAUCCCAAUGUUACGACGGAUUCAGUUUACGAAAACAACCAAAUUCAUGAAGAAUUUCGUCUUGUUUCUGGCCCGGUUUGCGAUUGUGCAAGGAAGUGUAAUUCUCUAUCAGGUUCUGGAAUCAAUACAAACGGGUAUGUUCAUAAUGGUUGUCGAGAAAAUCCUCAUUCCUGAAUUGGGCAAAAUGUACAAUACCACAACCUAUGAUGAAAAACGACUGUGUUGCAUUGGUUUUGCCAAUCUUGCAGCUGAAACAGUGGAUAAAUUGGGAUUGCAGUAUGGAAUACUGGUAGAGUCGUUAGUGCGGUUGGUGGAAGCUUCCGGUUGUGGACCAACUUCCUUGAAUGCUGAUGAUGUUGAAGAACAGGGAAUAGGACUCUCUACACUGGAAUUGGAACGGAAUGAUCCCUACUGUAAGCUGAGUAAUGCACAGCAUCCAGAUGUAAUCGCUGCCGAAAUUGUCAAUUUUAAAGCUUAUUUGGCCGAAGCUGUAAUGGUACGCGCUGUAAUUCUCAAAGCAGAUUCAGCAAGUUGUAUUAAUGAAGAGAUACGUGGUUACCUUAUCGGGUAUGCGCAACAAGUUUGAAGUUUUGGAAAUCCCUAAUAGUGUUAUUGAUAAUUCCGCAUUAUCGAGUUUUGCUGUACACCUGUGCUUUUUACAUUAUGGAUUCUAAGUUUUUUUCCCCUUUUUCGGUCUUUAACCCUCUGUUUUUCUUUUCCCAUCUUGAUCCGCAUUGUAAAAUUGGAAAUAUACACCGACGACAUGCUUAUGUUGUCAAAAUAUACAAAUCAAAU